AUGGCAAAAUACGACUGUACAUAUUGUAAAGCAGAGAUUUCUGGUUAUGGCGUUCAAUGUACGGAAUGCCCUGAUUUCUACCUUUGUUUACAGGCAAGUAUGACGUCACAAGCUCUAUGUUUCUCGUGUGGUGUAGAAAUAGGUCAACACAAGAAAGACCACAGUUAUCGUAUUGCGAAUGGAAAUGGUCCGGCUGCGUUUGAUACAUCUCGAGCCUGGUGUCUGGCCGAGGAAAAUAUGUUGUUAGACGCUGUAGAACAAUAUGGCUUUGGUAACUGGGAAGGAACUGCAAGUCAUGUGGAGAGUCGUGAUGCACAAGAGUGUGAAAACCAUUAUGUUACAUUUUACGUUCAGGGAAAUAUCGGGCUAGAAACAUUCCAAAGUGAUGGUGAAAAUAAAGUUAUAGACCAUUCUUGUCCUGAUGGAGGUCCAUUAUCACCAAGUAUCACAACACAAACUAAACCAUUAGAACUUUCAUUACAAGAUCAACAUGAUCUGGGUUAUAUGCCUUUUAGAGACGAUUUUGAAAUUGAAAGUGAUAAUAGUGCUGAACAGUUAAUAUCAGGCUGGGGUAUAAAUUAUGAUGAUGAUGACCUUGACAUUGCCAUUAAAGUGAGUAAAGUUGACCAAUACCGACUCCGAUUACGAUCUCGUGAGAAGCGGAAACAAGUUGCAAGAGAUUAUGGGUUGAUUGAAUCUUUCUCUUCGCUCAAUGAUAAAAAGAUGAGAUUCAAGAAAAGAAUGUCCAAAGAUUAUAGGGAAUUUCAAGACAAGAUGAAAGUUUUUAGUCAGUUUCACCCGGCAGCAGAACACGAACAAAUGUUUGAAAACUUUCAACGUGAAAAAGAACUAAAAACUAAAAUAAAAGAGCUUAAUGAACUGAGAAAACAUGGUAUCACUUUGUUAGAUGAUAUAGAAGAUUACGAUGAAGAAAAAUAUAAACGGCAGAAAAAGCGUGAUAAUCGAGCUAAGAUGGUGAAUAAAGAUAAUGAGAUGAGAAUAGAAACAAGAUCAACUAGUCAACCAGGUUAUGAUCUGAUUUCAGAUCGCGAAAAAAAGUUAUGUGUUUCUAUUGGUAUGUCCCCAGCUAAUUACAUGACAAUUAAAACUUGUAUUAUCAAGGAUUAUCUCCAAAGAAGGCAGGGUUUACCAGUCAAAAUACGUUAUCCCAACGGAAUGGACAAAACACAUCGACGGAAAAUAAUGAGUUUCUUGACAGACAAUGGCUGGAUUGGUGUCACAUGA